AUGCGUCUAAACAAAGUCGCCGAUGUGCGCAUGGAGCGCCACGCGAUGCUCCGUUUGAAUGAUCCGGGACACCCCAAUGUUGUUCGUUUGUUAGAGACAUUCAAAGAUGAAUUCAGAGUUUGCUUCCUCUACGAGCUAGCCAAAGGAGGAGAAGUCUGGGAACGAGUAAAGUUUGCAGGUUUAAUGAACAGAGAAUGGGCGCGACAAUUAAUAUUACAGCUCGUAGAUGCUUUAGAGUAUAUACACUCCAAAAAUAUCGUUCAUAGAGACCUUAAGGUGAAGUCGGGUGUAAUAGAAUUUCCUCCUGACUUUGACCCCUUAGCGAGGGACUUAGUGUUGCGUUUAUUAGCGGUGAAUCCAUGUGAAAGAUUGGGGGCUAAUGGGUUUAAAGAGAUACGACAGCAUCCUUACUUUGCUGCUGCUGCUGCUGCUGCUGCUGGGGAUCCCGUGCUGCAGCUGAAGCUGCUGCAGCAGUACCAACAACGGAUGCAAAAGCAAAAGCAGCAGCAACAAGAACAGCAGCAAGAACAGCACCAGCAGCAAGAGGAGCAGCAGGAGGACCUACAGGAUCAGCAGCAAGAGCAGCAGCAAGAGCAAGAGGUGCUGCAGCAGCUGCAGCGGCAGCAGCAACAGCAGCAGCAAAUGCAUCAGAAGGGGAGGCUGUUCCCACCUCUUCAGGAGCUGUGCAUGCGCAGCAUUUUAAAAAGGUUUCAUUUGCUGCUUUUACAUACAAUGGAGAAGGCAAGGCAACAAAAAUAUAAUCUUCAGCAAACAGCAGCAACAGAACAAGAACAGCAGCAGCAGCAGCAGCAGCAGCAGCAGCAACAGCAGCAGCAGCAACAGCAGCAGCAGUCCAAUACAGACACCCCAUACAAGGCAGAAGCAAACACAAAGCGAACAGAAAAUAUAAAUAUAUGCUCCCCAGAUGCAUGCAGCAGCAGCUCAUGUUGCUGCAGCAGCAAUAACUGCAACAGCUGCAGCAGCAGCAGCAGCAGCAGCAACUGCAGCAGCAGCAGCAGCGCUCCAAAGGAGGCCUCUAUUCGAAGUUACGGAUGCAAGAUCUGCGAAAGCAACAACAGCAACAGCAGCAGCAGCAGCAGCAGCACAUCCAGCAGCAGCAGCAGCAGCAGCAGCAGCAAAUGUGCGUUUGGGGGCUUUGCGUGUCAAGAAGAGCUGCUUGAUGUAGUGGUGCCACGAAAGGUGCGUAUACAGCAGAAAGAAGAAAAUAAUUAUAAUUUAAACUUUCUUUUAGAGAGAUUAAACUUUUGUUUAAAAUCAGAAGAUAAACAAUUUACUCGUGAAUGCGCUCUAGCAGAUGCCUGGGAUAGCAAGCAUGCAGCACAGCAGCAGCAGCAGCAGCAGCAGCAGGAGACAGAUUCAGCAGCAGAAGAAGAUGAAGAAAAGGAAGAAGAAAAAGACGAAGGCCGCAGUGAAGAUCAGACAGACAAAAACAUUAAAUAA